AUGGAGAAAAAGUUGAAUACAGUAGUGCUCUACAUCAAGAGAGAAUACCAGCCUUCUUUGCUAAAGGAAGCCUUCAAAAUCACCAUAAAAAAUGGGAGUCUCGUGCUUUUUAUCACCUUCAUCAUGUUUUCCUACUAUUCCCUGAUGAAAUUUGCCGAUCAUCUUGUUUUAGAUCCUGUAUUAUCGAGCUUUGUGGCCAACUCCAAGCUCCUGCCCAAAAAUGGUUCAUUCACGGAUUCUGAUCUGGCCUUAUACAAACCAUUUCUCAAAGAUCUUCGAUUUAUCCUCGCUUUCAAAUUCGUGGAAUGGGCUUUCUUGUGCGUUGUUCUGAUGUUUUCAGUUGCAGCUUCUGUUCAUUCAACAUAUGAAGCCCAUACUGCGAAACAGUUGGGCCUAAAAGAUAUGUUGUGUGGUCUGAGGGGAAAAAUCAGAAGGCCUUUGAAGACGAGUAUUUGGAUGGUUAUCAUCAGCUUGGCAAGUGCAGCACUGUUGUUCUUUACAGUCGGAGUUGUUGGAGUCAUGACUGAAGGUUCUGUUUCAAAUUAUCUGAGUUUGGCAGUGCUGGUUUUUGCUGCUCUCUAUUAUGUCGGAGUCUUUUCUCUGUGGAUGCUCAGCCUUGUGGUUUCCGUGCUGGAAGAAAACUUCUCCGGAUUGAAGGCGAUCUACCAAGCCAAUGAGCUGAUGAAGGGCAAAAAGCUGAAGGGUUUUGGUCUAAUGGUGCUUUUGAUAUUAAUCAGUGCAGCGAUCCAUAUGACCUUUGCUUGCUUGGCAUCUCUCGCCAUGGCUGAGAAAGUAGCAUUCGUUGGUGGGGCAAUCAGUACUCUGAAGAUUUGGCCAUAUUGCCUGAUGAAACUGUUUGUUUUUGCGGUGUAUACCCUGUUUUACCAUGAAUUGAAGCAGAAGCAGCAGGCGGAGGAGAACGCAGCUCUGUAUACUCCUAUCUCUGCAAUUGCAGAAUUUUAG